UGUUCUGCUUCUGUUUUGUGUUUUGUGUGAAGUUUAGUUUUCCCUACCAACUUUGAAUCCGUUUUAUUUUGAUUUUUCUAAUUAUAUAUUUAUUGGUGGAAAGUUCUAUAAACUUAUUUAGAAUUUUUCAUAAUAUUAGUGUCUGAAGUUCAUAUGAGACAUGUAUGAGAAUGGUUCUGAACAAGACUCUGUUGAUCCAAGAGUACAUAUAGAAUUGGAGAGAUUGAAUUCUGCUACAGAUGAAAUAAAUAAAUUGGAAGUCGAACUGGAUGAUGCUAGAAAUGAGUUUAGACAAUUAUUAUAUGAGGGUACACAAAAAACUGAUGCUUUACGUCUCAAAUUAGGUAUGUGUGUUGAGAGAGCAAAACCUUAUUAUGAAGCAAGAUUUGCUGCUAAUGAAGCAUUUAAAAAAACACAACAAGCUGCAGUUAGAUUUGAAAAAGCUAAUAGUUCACACAGGGCAGCAAGGGAAAUGGUAUUUCUUGCAGAGCAAGGAUUGGGAGGUAGAACUCUAGAUCCUGCCUGGCAGGAAAUGCUUAACCAUGCCACUCAGAGAGUAAAUGAAGCAGAAAAGGAAAGAACCACAUCUGGAGCAGAACAUCGACUAGCCUGUAUAAAGCAUGAAGCAGCAAGUGUUAAAGUUCAGGCCUUACAAAAGGAGCUGAAACGAGCCAUAUCUAAAAGCAGGCCUUACUAUGAAACAAAGGCACAUUAUAACAAUCUCUUAGAAAGAUAUAAGGCUAAGAUACAAAACUAUGAAUCUCAAGUUUCUGCUGUUAAGUUAAGUUAUGCAGAAGCCCUAAAAAAUUUGGAACAAAUUUCUGAUGAAAUUCACACUAGAAGAAGAAAUUCAUCAAUUCCUUCUGUGAAUUAUGUUAAAGUAAAUCCAAAAAGAAUAAGUGUGGAUUCUAACGAGUCCCUUCUGGAUGAUGCACAGGAACUAAUUAAUAUGCAUAAUGAGGUUGAAGUUCUCACUCCACAGCCACUCACUAAUAUAGAAUUAUAUAAGAGUCAGAGUGCUGGAACAUCACCAACAUUUUCCUUGACUCCAAGUGAAAAUCCCAAGAAUCCUAUUAGUUCAAGAGCUCAGUCCAAUGAGUGGAUAGAAAUAAGUCUGGAUAAUUCAAGUCCUGAGGAUGACCUCUUCUCUAAAAAUUCAGGAGCUUCAUUUAAAAAUCCUUUAAUGAAACAAAUGACUUUACCCAAUCCUUCAGUUGAAAAUGAGUUAUCAUCAAUCAAAAAUAAAAUCAAAUUAGACACAAGAAUUUCUAAUUGGAUCUCAAGAUCAUCUGCUUCAACUGAUGGUGAUGGAAGUAAUGGAGCUCGAAGACAAAGCCUAGAUAAUCUCUUAGGCCCAACAAGUGAGAAAAUGAAAGGAAUGUUUUCACAAGGCAUGAUGCUGUUGAACAUUGGUAAUUUGUCAGAAAGAAGGAACAGUGAACCUAAAUUAGGUAUUACAGAUGAUAGAUCGAAAUCCUCUAUUAAGAAAAUACCAAGUCCAUUAGAAAAAACAAUGACAUAUCUCACAGCAGAUGAGGAUACAUCAGAUACUGAAAGUUUAUCAAGUGUUGAUAUGUUGAAUGAGGACCAAAUAAUCUCAUUGAUGCUUGAUAAAGAUAUUGAUACUGUGUGUGAACAACUUUUGGGAACUCCGAUCAACGAAGUUGUGUCUGGUCCUCUUUAUGCUUCUUCCAGUGUUUCAAGUACCUAAAUCAUUAGAAGAAUUAUUUCUAGACAAACUUGAAUAUUUUUUAGUUCUCAUAUCAUUUGUUAUUAAUAGAAUAUGCGUUUCUUCUUAGAAUUCCCCCAAAUAUAAGUUCCUAAAAUGUUCAUUCUCGCCUGAAGUGGUAUUUUUUUCUCAAUUUUAUGAAAUGCAAUAAUGUAAGAUAAAUUGAGAAGUAGUGAAACAAUUAGUACCAAAACAUAGUAUAUUGUAAUCAUAGUCAGGCAUAUGAAUAUCUGGACAAAUUUCAUAGAUGUAUUUUAUAUCUAUUAUUGAAAUACAUACUUUGAUUCUGAAAUAGUUCGAAUAAAUUCUCAGGAAUAAGUAUUUAUUUGUAGAUAUUAUAUUUUAAGAAACAACAUUCCCUAAUAAUUUUCUCUACUUGCAGAAUAUAAGGUAUAUUCCGAAUGAUAUUUCCAUGAAUUGCUCACAAUUUUCUGAAAAGAAAUUCAGAGUUCAUAUUUAUCUUAUUGGCUUGCUUCUUUUGGUGACUUUAUUGUGAAUGAUGCAUAUGCAACUAUUUUGUUAUAUUUGCUACCGAAUUUUAUCUGAAACCUCAAAAUACUAAAGCAAUAUUUGCAAAUUAUGUCUUCAAGUACUAUAAAAUCUAUGAAAUGUAUCAUGUAUAAUAUAUUAAAUUUAAAGAAGGUU